AUGGCUAAAACAGCACGAAAAACGAAGAGAAAAGAACGUCAAUCGGGCCACUCGAUGACGGCGGAGUGCAACUCGAGCGACGAGAGGCUGCUAAGAAUCACAGGUUCCCGAGGGCCGUCAUGGAACGGGACUAAACUUGCCAUAUGCACCUACAACUGCAGGUCCUUGGCAGGGUGGCAAGAACUGAACCACCUAAUGGAGGAGAGGAAGAAGAUCAAGUGCGACGUGUUAGGGCUGUGCGAGACAUGCUGGAAGAAGAAACCGAGUAUACGAUGGCAAGAUGGAUGCACUGUGAGAUUAGGGAGAGCAGAAGGUGCUAGAUCGGUCGGAGGUAUCGGAUUCAUCGUAAGUAAGGAAUGGGCUUCGAGGGUCGAUUCUUGCCAGUUCAUAUCAUCACGGAUUGGUGUACUAAAUGUGAACCUCUCAGGGAAGGCCACCCUCAAGAUUGUCCAGACCUAUGCUCCCACAAGAGCCAGCGACGACGACGAGGUGGAAGAAUUCUAUCGACAGCUAGACAAAGGGCUGGCUAUGAAGUCCACUUACACUGUCGUGAUGGGAGACUUCAAGGCAAAGCGAUCAUCGUCUGGUGAGGGCGAGGGUCGUCAUCGACGGGAAGAGGGAGAAGAUGGCGCUGUAUUUUGCGUCGAAGGGAAAACGUGUCCGAGUCUACAACGAGGCAAAGCUGCAGGAAGCCAUCAUGCAGACUGGUACCAAGGAGAUGACAUAGACGAUGACUACAACUCACUGAUAGGAAAACUGAAGGCGAGUUUAAAGAAGGUUAAGGGAGUAUGCCCAAGAGAAAAGAAGGGAAGAAUCUCGAAAGAAACUACGAAGUUACUCGAGGAGAGGAAAAAUAUGAAGAGGACUAUUGAUCAUCACCUUGAAUAUUCCAUUCUCAGCAGAGUGAUUCGUCAGCAACUACAGAAAGACUUUGAGGCAUACCGGAUGGAGAAGCUCUUGAAGGCCGCAGAGGAAAAGAAGACCCUCAAGAAAUGCAAGAGGGACAGGGUACUAUAUAGAUCGGAAGUGACGGCCCUGAAAAAUACAGAUGGAAUACUGGUCAACGUGAAGAGCGAGAUGAAAAAAGUUUGCGAAGACUUCUACACCAAGCUCUUUAAGUCUACCAGAAAUGUCCAGCCGUUACAGGAAGAAAACGUGCCACCUAUCCUUGUCAGUGAUGUUGAAAGAGCCAUCGGCUCGAUGAAAAACGGAAAGGCUCCAGGGAUAGACGGUAUAACAUCGGAUGUGCAAAAGUCAGGCAGAGAGCAGCUCUGGAAAAUCCUCGCUGAGCGAUUUACGCACUACCUAGACGAGGGAAGGAUUCCCUCGUAG